AUGCCGCGCCGACGCGCCCUCGUGCUCGCCCUCGCCCUCGCCCUCGCCCUCGUUCUCGGCGCGCGCGUGGGCGAGGCGUCGUGCGACGCCCCCGCGUUCGCGUGCGCGCGAUCGACGCCGACGGAGGGAAAGCUCACGCGAUGCAGCGCGUCGUGGAGCUGUCGAAUCGUCUGCGGACCGGGCGCGUCGUGCGCCGAGACCUUCGACGGCACCGCGGGCACGGCGACGACGCCCACGGGUGAGACGGUGACGUUCGAGGCGUCGACGGAGAAGAACGCGCUGGGACCGACGACGUUCGGGGGAGACGCGAGCUGCAGCGCGGUGGGGUGCGACGCGUACGGGACGCGCCUCACGGCGCAGAACGCGGCGCGGACGUCGCGGUUCGACAGCGAUUGGUGCGAUGUGAAGGAAACGAGCGAACGGUGCGAACUGAGAGGGGCGCCGAAGGAUGGGACGUGGACGGUGUUCACGACGACGAUGCGGUGUCGGAAUAAAAUUCUGCCGUGCGACGCGACGGCGCGCGCGGAGAUUGAGUUCAUGGCGGAGGUCAAGGUGGACGCCACGCCGAGUCCGCCGAGUUCGCCGCCGCCGCCGCCGCCGCCGAUGUCGCCGCCGAGUCCGCCGUCGCCGCCGAGUCCGCCGCCGCCGCCGAGCGCGUUCGCUCCGGGAGGCUCGGGACGCCGCGCGCUGCGCGCCGGUCUCGUGAUCCUACUCUGCUGCACCGUCGUCUACGCGGUCGUCGGGUGCGCGUACCUAUGGGCGUACAAUCGUGGUUGGGUCGAGGGGUUCGCCGAGCCGUGUUGGGACCGCGAGGGCGCGUUUUGCGAGCUCUUGUGGUGCUGGUGCGUACCCGCGUAUUGGCGCGCGAGCGACGAGGCGUGCCUCGCCGCCUUCGAGGGCCGAUCCGACGGCCCAGCCUCGCCAUCGCGCGCGAUCACGACCACGGCACCGCUCCUAGGGACCGACGGCGAAGAAUCGGACUCCGAUUGA